AAAUAAACAAUACUCUACUCUCUUCUCUUGUCUGCUAUGCUCUCUCUCAUAUUUUCUCUCUCCUAAAUUCUCUCCAAUUAAAAAUAUUUACUUCUGUCUGAACGGCGGCUCAGACGUCGCCACCGCAGCUUCCGGCCGCAGUCAUGAACCCACCAAACUACUUAAACUCACUGAAAACCGAGAUGGACCGCACUCCACCUCCGCAACAGCGGGGAGGUGUUCUCCUCCACCGUAGAGCCCUCUCCGACACCACCUUCCGAUUCUCCGGCGACGAAGAUGACGAUUUUCUCUUCGACAUCGAGAAUUUCAAUCUCUCUUCCUUAGACAUUCCUCCUUCUCCUCAAGGAGGUGCGCCUGCAGCCACUGCCCUCCCCAUGGCCGUUGAUUCCUCCAAGUCGGACGAAUCUAGCGGCGACAAUCGGUCUUCUUCCACCUCUUCUAGGGCGGCGAACCAAGCUCAUGUCGCCCCGCACCUUCGAAGCUUGUCCGUUGACGCUGAUUUUUUUGACGGACUGUCGUUCGGCGGUGGCGGCGGAGGUGGAGGAGAGAGGAGGGUCGGUGGAGAUGGUGGUGGAAAUGGAGGAGAGAGAAAAGUGGGGAUGCAUAGAAGAACAAGUUCUAUGGAUGGUGCUUCGAGUUCGAUGAUGUUUGAAGGAGAGUCGAUGUUAGUGGAUGGAAUCAAGAAGGCUAUGCCUCCUGAGAGACUCGCUGAACUUGCUCUCAUCGACCCGAAGCGCGCUAAAAGGAUUCUUGCAAACAGACAAUCUGCAGCACGAUCAAAGGAAAGAAAAAUAAGAUACACUGGCGAGUUGGAGAGGAGGGUACAGACACUGCAGACAGAGGCAACUACCCUUUCUGCACAAGUCACAUUGCUGCAGAGAGACACUACUGGACUGACCAUUGAGAACAAGGAACUAAAGUUACGUCUGCAGGCCUUGGAGCAACAAGCACAACUGAGAAAUGAUCUGAAUGAAGCAUUGAGGGGAGAAGUUCAGAGGCUGAGGGUAGCAACUGGGCAAAAUCCAUCAGGCAACAACCAUGCUGCUGGCAGGGGGCGGUUCGCUCAGUUUCCAACACAUAUGCAGAAUGCACAAUCCUUUGGUGGCCAGCAGAACCAGCUGCAGCCUCCUCAGCAGCAGCAGUUCCAAAUGCCCGACCAGGCAGGUGGCAGCAAUCUGAGUGCUCACAAGGACCUGAAACCGAGGUUCAUGGACUUCAAUCACAAGGGUUAAGGUUUACUCAUGAAGCCUUGACUCUCUUAGAAAUUUGAAUAGCAUGUUGUAAAUAUAAUUUAGACCCACAUUUUCGGUACUCGUAAUAGACCCACAUGAACCUGUUGUUGUUGUUGUUGUAGUUGUUGCCGUUGGUUGUAGUUGUUGUCGUCGUUGUAGUUGUUGUCGUUGUUGUUGGUGCUGUUGUUGUAGUUGUUGUCAUUGUAGUUGUUGUUGUCGUGUCGUUGUAGUUGUUGUCGUCGUGUCGUUGUAGUUGUUGUCGUCGUUGUUGGUGCUGUUGUAGUAGUAACUGUUAAAUUUUUAUUUAGAUGAACCACAGAUUAAAAAGUUGUUUAUCAA